AUGGGAGAAGCCGAGACGCGUCAGAAACUGCUGCGUAACGUGAAGAAAGAGGUGAAACAGAUCAUGGAAGAAGCGGUAACGAGGAAGUUUGUGCACGCAGACAGCAGCCACAUCAUCUCCUUCUGUGCGGUGGUGGAGGCCUGUGUGCUUCAUGGUCUGAAGCGUCGCAUCGCUGGUCUCUUGUGUAGUAAUAAAGCAGCGGCGCUCUUUAUGAAAGUGGCCAAGAACUUUGCUCCUGCUGAACAUCUCUGCAACAAGGUCCAGGAGUUAGAGCAGCUCCUCGACAACAACAAACAGAACAGCUGUCUCAGUAACGAUCGCAGCCGCAGCUCAGGACCAGGAAGUGUCCCUCCUCAGGCUCGGAGAUAUCUGUGGAUCCGGACGGCGCUGAUGGAGAAGAGCCUGGACAAGAUAGUUCUGUACCUGGUGGAGAACUGCAGCACUUAUUAUGAGAAAGAAGCCAUGCUGAUGGACCCAGUGGAUGGACCGAUCCUGGCCUCUCUCUUGGUGGGACCCUGUGCUCUGGAGUACACUAAAGUGAAGACCUCUGACCACUACUGGACGGACCCCUCUGCAGACGAACUGGUGCAGAGACAUCGCAUCCACAGCGGACACAGUCGACAGGACUCUCCGUCCAGACGCCCGGCUCUGAUCCAGAAGCGGCAGUCCAGUGGCAGCAUGGACGACCGGCCGCUCACGUGGGUCAGAGAGUACGUGGAGUCGCUCCAUCAGAACUCCAGGACCACUCUACUGUUCGGAAAGAACAAUGUCCUGGUGCAACCGAGGGAUGACAUGGAGGCUAUCCCAGGAUACCUGUCUCUGCACCAGACUGCGGAGCUCAUGACUCUGAAAUGGACCCCGAACCAACUGAUGAAUGGAAACGUGGCAGAAUUGGACUCAGAGAAAAGUGUGUACUGGGACUUCGCCAUGACCAUCCGGCUGGAGGAGAUUGUGUAUCUGCACUGCCAUCAGAGAGUGAACAGCGGGGGCACUGUGGUGUUGGUGAGCCAGGACGGGAUCCAGAAGCCCCCCCUGCACUUCCCCAAAGGAGGACACUUACUGCAGUUCCUCACCUGUUUAGAGACCGGACUGCUGCCUCAUGGACAGCUGGACCCCCCCCUGUGGAACCAGAGGGGAAAGGGAAAGGUUUUCCCCAAACUCCGGAAGAGGAGUCCCCACAGCUCCUGUGACUCGGUGUCGGACAAAGAGGACGACGAGGCCACGGAUUACGUUUUCCGGAUCCUAUUCCCGGGGAAUCAGAUGGAGCUCAUGGCCCUGGAGCUGAUGGACCAGGGCGUGACCAUGUGGCAGCCGUCCCAGAGAGAGUCCUCCUGCUCCUCCUGCUCCCAGAACGGCUCCUCAGACAGCUCUCUCCCCAACGGCUGCAACCACGAGAGAGCUCCACUGAAGCUUCUCUGCGACACCAUGAAGUACCAGAUCAUCUCUCGAGCCUUUUACGGAUGGCUGGCGUACUGCAGACACCUGUCCACAGUUCGAACACACCUCUCAGCUUUGAUCAAACCCAUCAUCGUGGAUCCAGAAGUUCCCAUCAGCGCCAGAGGAGGUCUGUGUCCAGACGUCUGGAGCCAAGUUCUACAGAACAGUGCGGCGUUUGAAGAGUCAGAGAUCUAUCGUCUGGUUUUCUUCGGGGGAGUGAGUCCUUCUCUGCGGAAACAAGUCUGGCCCUUUCUCCUGGGACACUAUCACUUUGCUAUGACAGAGUCCAACAGGACUGAGAUGGACAGUCAGAUGCAGGUGAUGUAUCAGCAGAACAUGAGGGAGUGGAGAGGCUGCGAGGCCAUCGUCCGACAGCGAGAGAGAGAGAAACACGCUGAGGCUUUAGCUCGAUGUUUAUCUGGAAUCGAGAGGAGCCCAGUGCAGAGAGACUCCACCCUCAGCACUGAUUCGUCUCUGAGCUGCUGCACAGAUCCACAGAACACACAGUCUCUGAGCGACUCCAGCAGCUGCAGCGCUCAAGUUUUCGAGUCUAUAGAGACCGAGCCACCAGCCACAGGCGAGCCUCAAGACUCCAGCUCCUCUACCUCAGUUAAAGACCAAAGUCUGUCAGACUCUGGUCCAGUGAAAGAGCUCCUCCUGCCAGCUCCACACAACACUUCAACUGAGACCGAGCCGACAAUCCCAGCCAUGGAGAAAGUCCCACCUGAACCCUGUCCCUCUGGAGAACUGGGCCCUGAGGCUCAGGCUUCACCAGCAGAGAAGGAGGCAGAGAAGGCAGAGGAAGGAGAGAAGAAAGAGAAGGCAGAGCUAACAGAGAAGGUAGAAGAGGCAGAGGGAGCAGAGGAAGCAGAGAAGGUAAAGGAGCCAGAGAAGGCAGAGGAGGUAAAGGAGGCAGAGAAGGCAGAGAAGGCAGAGAAGGCAGAGGAGGUAAAGGAGGCAGAGAAGGCAGAGAAGGCAGAGGAGGUAAAGGAGGCAGAGAAGGCAGAGAAGGCAGAGAUGGUAGAGAUGGGAGAGAUUGUGGAGAAGGGAGAGAAGGCAGAGGGAGCAGAGGAAGCAGAGGAAGCAGAGAAGGCAGAGAAGGUAGAUAAUGCGAAGAAGGCAGAGGAGGCAAAGCAAGUGGAGAAAGCUGAGGAAGCAGAGAAGACAGAGGAAGUAGAGUCAAACCAAAGCACAAAUCCUGACGCUGCAGAUGCAGGUGUGGGGGAUUCGAGUGGCACCAAAGAACUCUCUGAGGACAUCGAGAGCGCGGUAGAAGAGGAACCAACAAAAGCCGUGGACACAAAUACGAAUAUUAGGCCGACCGCCGAGACAUUUAACGUCCUGAAGCUCGAAAAAGAAGUUCACAAUGAAUACUUCCAAGCGCCACCUCUGGGUCAGACGUUAGCAUUACAGCCUCCAAAGACACACACACUCACUGCAGUGGCCUCGCCUGAUAGAGACCUCAGAAUGUCUCCCAUCGAGAAGAGGACUCCAGAGUCUGAAGCGGUGAAAGAGAAAGCCAGCGAUAAACUCUCAAACUCGCCAGUUCGACAAGUCCUCCACGCUCUGCAGUCUGCGUCCCGGGGCAGUCUGUCUCUGUCCCGGCAGUCUCCGGACACGGGGGACUCGGACGACUCUCCCUCAGCCCUGGAGAUGGAGGACAUGGCCGGGAUCACCUGUGUGACGUCAGAUGAGACCAGGACGAUAACAGUUCUAGCCCCUCCCCCGUUCAGACUGGCUCACAGAGAGAGAGCUGCCUCGGACCAAACGGAGGGACCCAGCCUGGACUCCACCAGGAAGAACCCCAGUCCCGAGGGCACAGAUCCAGGUCUGUCCGAGGAGGAGCUGGAGAUGGAGAACCUGGGUUUGUCCGAGGAGGAGCUGGAGAUGGAGAACCUGCUGUCGGAGGUGAAGCCUGGAGAGGGAGACGACAAGAGCAAGCAGCUCCCGGAGGAACAAGCUUACUCGCAGGAGCAGUUGGACAUGUAUCUCUUAAACCUGCAUCGAAUCGACAAAGACGUGAGACGCUGCGACAGAACGUACUGGUAUUUCAGCCAAGACAACCUGGAAAAGCUACGCAACAUCAUGUGCAGUUACGUCUGGCUGCACCUGGACAUCGGUUACGUCCAGGGCAUGUGCGACCUGCUGGCUCCUCUUCUGGUCAUUCUGGACGAUGAGGUCAUGGCGUUUAGCUGCUUCACUGAGCUGAUGAAGAGGAUGAACCAGAACUUCCCUCAUGGUGGCGCUAUGGACACUCACUUUGCCAACAUGCGCUCUCUCAUUCAGAUCCUGGACUCGGAGCUGUUUGAACUGAUGCAACAGAACGGAGACUACACACACUUCUACUUCUGCUAUCGCUGGUUCUUGCUCGACUUCAAAAGAGAGAUGGUGUACGAUGACGUGUUCUCCGUGUGGGAAACCAUCUGGGCCGCCAUGCACACUUGCUCCGAACACUUCGUCCUCUUCAUCGCUCUGGCGCUGGUGGAGACGUAUCGCGACAUCAUCCUGGAAAACAACAUGGACUUCACCGACAUCAUCAAGUUCUUCAAUGAAAUGGCGGAGCGGCACGACGUCCCCAAAGUGCUGAACAUGGCCCGUGACCUGGUCCUCAAAGUGCAAACCCUCCUCGAAAACAAGUGA